UUUUUUCUUUUCCAGAUUAAAAAGUAUGUCAACAAUUCAUCCUCCCGAAAAACGCCCUCGUCUAGCCGAAUUUAAUCAUGAAGAAAUUAAAACAACUAAAAAUGCAAUAGAAAUAUUGGAAUCUACAGAUGAUGAAGCACAAGAAGAAAUUGAUGAAGCUGCUAUUAAACGAUUAUGUCUUCAACUUGAACGGAAGCAAGCGAAGAAUGCUGAAACGCGAGUUAAAUAUCCUGAUGAUCCCAGAAAGUUUAUGGAAUCUGAAGAAAUGCACGUAAUAGCUGCAGAACCUCAAUUCUACUCAAUUUUGGUGGAACAAGGUUCUCUACAAAUUUUGUUACAACUUCUUUCUCAUGAAAAUGCGGAUAUUGUUGGGGCUGUUUGUAAUUUGUUACAGGAAUUGACUGACGUUGAAAUUCUAGUUGAAAGUGAAGAUUGUGCAAAUUUGUUGAUUGAAGAAUUACUCAAAGGCCAAAUUGUCGAAACUUUAGUUCAACAAGUUUUGGGCAGACUUAAUGAAGGAGAACAGGAUGAGGCUGAUGCGAUUCAUAAUGCUCUGACGAUUAUUGAAAAUUUACUCGACUUCCGUCCUGAAGCAAAUGAAAUUUGUGUUUCUCAAGGCCUAUUUGAAUGGUUAAUGAUUCGAGGAACUAAGAAAGGAGCUUUUGAUGCAAACAAGCUAUUUGCCAGUCAAUUAUUGCACAUGUUAUUACAAUCAUCGGCCUCUGCUAGAAUUAAAUUGACAGAAAAAAGGGAUGGUGUUGAUCUUCUUUUGAGGGCUUUGGCAACCUUCAAAAAACACGAUCCAAGCAGUCCAGAUGAAUACGAACACAUGGAAAAUUUAUUUGACGCGUUGUGUGCUUCACUUAUGCAUGCCCCCAAUCGACAAGUUUUUCUUGAUGGAGAAGGUUUACAAUUGAUGAAUUUAAUGUUAAUGGAGAAGAAACAAUCGAGAGAAGGUGCUUUAAAAGUUUUGAGUCAUGCAACAGCCAUUCCUGAUGGAACUGCAAAUUGUGAUAAAUUUGUGGAAAUUUUAGGUCUGAGAACUUUAUUUCCUCUUUUAAUGCGUACACCUCCAAAAAUGAAAAGAAAGGAUACAACACCUGAUGAUCAUGAAGAAUACUGCUGUUCGAUAAUUGAUGCAUUAUUAUUUUCCUGCAAUCAAACAAAUAAAAAUCGAGUUCUUUCAAAAUUUGCAGAUCAUUGUUUUGAGAAAAUUGACAGAAUGGUGGAAUUGUAUAUUAAAUACAGUGAGAAAUUGAGGAAAUUCGAAGUAAAGUUUGAAAAGAGACUUGCAGAAAUGCAUAAAGACGUUAAACCGGAUGAGGACGAGAUUUACAUUGAAAAACUCAACAAUGGCUUAUACACACUUCAACGAAUUGUACUUAUUUUAGCAGAAGUUUGCAUAAAAGGAGCACCUGGCAGUAAAGAAAGAGCAGAAAAACUGUUUAAAAUGCGGUUUAAAGGAGCACAUUUAAAUACUUUGUUGGAAUCGAUCCUCACAGAAUUUUACGAUUCGCUAGAUCCAGAAGCAAAUGACCAAAAGGAAAGAGUGGAACAUUUAAUUGCUUGUUUGAGUGCCUCGUAA